UAUUCAAGUAAGAUUUAAUUUGCCUUUCUAACAACUUCUUUUAUUUUUCUUUAUGAUUUAAUUUGCAUAAGAUAAAAAUGGUUAGUCAAAGGAUUAUUAAACAAAGAGAAUCCCUACCGAUUUUUCAAUUUCGACAAAAAAUUAUUGAUGCAAUAAAAAGUCAGAAUCUACUCGUUAUAAUUGGAGAAACUGGAUCCGGUAAAACAACACAAAUUCCUCAAUAUAUUUUGGAGAGUUUUGAAGAUUGUAGAUUAAUAGGAGUAACUCAACCAAGACGUAUUGCAGCGAUUACUGUUGCCAAUCGAGUAUCUGAAGAACAUGGCACAAGAAUUGGAGAUGAAGUAGGAUAUUGUAUUCGAUUCGAUGAUUGUACUUCAUCAAGGACUAGAUUGAAAUAUAUGACAGAUGGUGUUUUAUUACGGGAAGCAACACUUGAUCCUAGGUUAGAACAUUAUGACAUAAUUAUUAUAGACGAAGCUCAUGAAAGGACAUUAGAAACUGAUGUAUUAUUUGGGUUGUUAAAAGAAACAUAUCGUUUACGCCCAGAAUUAAAAAUCCUAAUAAUGUCUGCCACCUUAAAUGUUGAAAAAUUUUCGGAUUUUUUUAAUGAAUGUCCAAUUUUUAUUAUUCCCGGUAGAACGUAUGAUGUAGCAAUAAAUCAUCAUAGAGAUGCAAAAAUUUCUAGUCUAAAAUCAACAUAUGUUCAAAGAGCCGUUGAUACAGCAUUAUACAUUCAUACUCAAGAACCACCCGGUGACAUUUUAGUUUUUUUAACAGGACAAUAUGAGAUAGAGAAAGCGUGUCUUGAUCUUGAUGAUCGAGCAAGAGAAUUAAAUUAUAGAAAGGAUGUAAAAUAUUAUAAUGAAAUCAAGGAUUUGGUUAUUUAUCCUAUUCAUGCUACGCUGGAAACCAUGGAACAAAAAGCUAUCUUUGAAGAUCCUCCUAGAGGUACUAGGAAAGUUGUUUUUGCAACGAAUAUUGCUCAGACAUCAGUUACGAUACCCGGAAUUAAGUAUGUCAUAGACACUGGAUUUGUUAAACAGAAAACAUAUGACCCAAGCACAGGGAUGGAUGCUCUUUUAGUUGUGCCAAUAUCAAAAGCUGCAGCAACACAAAGAGCGGGUCGUGCAGGAAGGACUGCUCCAGGGAAGGCAUUUAGAUUAUAUAGUAGAGAAUCAUUUGAACAAAUGGAAGAAGAGACGGUACCAGAAAUUCAAAGAAGUAGUUUGCUUGGUACGGUACUGAGCUUAAAGAAAAUGGGAAUUAAAGAUAUUAUUCGGUUUGAAUUUAUUGAUCCGCCAGAUCACAUUCUUGUUAUGAAUGCAUUAAAACAACUCUUUUUAUUGGAGGCAAUCGAUGAAAAUGGAAAAUUAACGCCAUUAGGAGAUGAAAUGUGUAUAUUUCCUUUAAAUCCAUUUUUAUCAAGAGUCUUGGUAGCAAGUGCAAGACAAUUUGAAUGUAGUAAAGAAGUUUCAACAAUUGUAGCUAUGUUAUCGGUAGAAGAAGUAUUUUUCUCACCAAGAAAUGAAGAAAAAUUAUUUGAAGUGAAUGAAAAGAGAAAAGAAUUUUAUCAUCCUUCAGGUGAUUACAUUACAUUACUAAACAUUUUUGAAGGAUAUCGUGAUAGUGGAUAUGAUAAAGAUUGGUGUAGAGAUAAAUAUUUUAAUCAUCGGGCUUUAUCUAUGGCCAAAAGUGUUCGAGAUCAAUUACGUGAAUUAAUGCAAAAACAUGAAAUUCCAAUAAUUUCAUGUAGACAGAAAGAGAAUCGAGAAGACGGCGAAGAUAUCCAUAGAAAAAAGCGUAGUAAAAGAUCAUAUUAUGAGACAAAGGCAAGAAAGUAUGAUGUCUCAAAAAUCUUGGAAUCAUUUUCUACAUCAUAUUAUAUUCACUUAGCAAAAAGGCAUCCACAUAGACCGGUAUUUUAUCAUUAUGCCUCAGCUAAAGUUCAUACUAAUGAAAUUGUGGAUUCUAAUAAUUCAUUACUGGCUUUACAUAUCUCACCUACAUCAGCAUUACAUCCUGAUAAUAAAAUUGUUAAAAUUAAUAAUCUGGAUUGGGUGAUGUAUCACUCAGUAUUAUAUACUAGUAAGGCUUUAAUGAAAGUUGUUAGCAAAGUUAAUUUUGAAUGGGUAGAAGAAAAAAUUAAAUUGUUUAAGAAAUUAGAAACUGUAAAUUUGAAUAAUGAGAGUGGUGAAAAACAAAACGAUAAAAGUAAUAGUGAUGAUGAAAGUGUAGUUAUAGAAUCGGAUAGAAUCGAACGUUAUGUAAUGGAAGAAGAAGAGAAGAAGAGAAAGAAAUUAGAAAAUAUUGAAGCUGCAAGGCAAAGAGCGUUGAACAGAAGAUCAUUAAAUUCAUAGAAAUUAAUUUUAUUCUAAUAAUCACUUUUAAAACUUUUAUAUCAAUAUACCAUAGUUUAAAAUAUUUUUAUUUAAAAGAAAAAAAAUUUAAUGUAAACUAAGUACUUAAAUUAAUA